UUCUCCUUCCCUCACUCUCCUCCUCUCUGCCUCACCACUUUCAUAGUGCAUCUUCUCUCUCAUUUGCAUUUGUUCUGCUUCCUCGUGACAAGAAACAGUUCAUGUCAAAGAGCUGCGUGAGAAAAUCAGAUUGGAGUUAGAUACGCCCUGGAUGACAGUACAGACUGAAAUGAGCAGGUACACUGAGGAUGGGGCUGUUCAGAGUAGAAGACUUUCUGAGCUGGAUAAUUGUUGCUGAUUGAAGUGUAAAGCAAGAAGGUAAUUAGAGACUUGGCACUGGUACAUCACGACAGCAGCAGUGUUACCAUGGAGACUGGCAAGCCGGGAUUGGCGAGUGCUCCAGUGCACAUCAACUCCGUCGCAGCACAGACAGAGAAAAGGAUGGACAUCCAGGCCCCGCUGACGGCUGUUUACAUCCACACAGUGCCUGCUCUACCAGCACAGCCUUUCCCCCAGCUUCCUGCAGCUGCCCGGGAGCCAGCCACACUCCAUCUGGCCAUGCCGCAGCUCUACUCCAAGGAGACGCUUCCCCUUCUGACACUCCAUAUUGCUGGUGGGCUGCAGUCUAAGCCGGGAUUGACUCUGGCAGCCGCUGCUCCUGCAGCCAGACCCAAGGCGGCAGGAAAGCACAUGUGUCCUCACUGUGGACGGGACUGUAUGAAGCCCAGCGUGCUGGAGAAACAUCUGCGCUGCCACACUGGGGAGCGGCCUUACCCCUGCACCACUUGUGGAGUUUCUUUCAAGACUCAGAGCAACCUUUACAAACAUAAGCGUACUCAGGCUCAUGCUCGCCUCUCGUCUGAAUCGGAGCAGAGCAGCCUGGGCAGUCUAGACAGCAUAUCCAGCUCCAGAGAGACUUGUACCUCCAGUUUGUCUCUGGAUGAGCGCAGCGAGGAGUCUGGCAGCAGGGAAAAGGAUGCCACACUAACUUCUGCUGAGAUCACCUGUCCAGCCAGUACAGCAAAAGUCUGCUCUGUAACGACCCAUGGUUCUGUCAGUGAACAGAAAGAGCUGACCCCUCCAGGUCAUCAGACAGAACCAAUUGAAAGAUCACAGGUAACAACAGAAGGUGAAACACAGAGAAUGGAAUAUGAAAAGCCUCCAGUGACUGCAAGUCGACAUCUUCCCCUUCAAAGACAAGAAGCCACUCUGUUUUCCAAGCAGUGGGAGAGCUCCGUAUCCAGAGGAAAAUCACAGAGCCAUGAGAGCACCGACUCAGGCUUCAGUGAGAGCAGUGACCACUACCCAAGCCCCGGCAGCGCUUUACCUGACCACAGUAUGGAUUCCCUCACCGAAUCCACCAAGGAGCUUGAUGAAACCACCAGUACACAAAAACCUUCAGAACGAGGCCAAGUUGGACAGGAACCCAGAUAUACCGCAAGGGAGCAAGAGCAAAAGACCCUGGAGGAGCGAAUUUCUAAGCUCAUUUCAGAGAAUACAGCCGUUGUGGAAGACAAACAGCUGGAGAACGUAAGGCCGCGGAAGACAGUUCUGUCAAAGCAGGGCAGCAUUGACCUUCCCAUGCCAUACACUUACAAGGACUCCUUUCACUUUGACAUGAGGAUUAGUAAGACUCCGAAUGUUGGAUUACAAAGAAACAGGAAUCCUGGCUUCUACAGCUCUGUGCCCACUCAGUGCUCCACCACCGUGGAACAUGCCUCCUUAACCCGCAGCAACUCCCUCCCUUUCAGCGUUACCCUCCUGCAGCCUGAGAGCAGCAGCCCAACCUUCUCCUAUCAGAGUGAUUAUGUAACACUGGUCCGCAGGGGAAGCUCUGGCCAGAUCCAUCCAACAGGUUUUGCGAUCAAGCCUGUGAACCAGCAGUCAUCCACCCACCGCCCACUGGUCCGGCAAACAGCCGUAGACUGCAACCACGCAACAGACGGUCCCUUCUUGAAUUCAUCUGUGGAGGAGGCGUGCACCGGCAGUCUCAGCUGCGACGUGGAUGGCGGUGACAUUUGCGGAGAGCCAAGCAACAGAAAGUUCCGGAGGAAGAAAACACAGAAGUUUGCCUACAAUAAGUGGUACAUGUACGGCGGAGGGACAUUUAAGAAGCUCUACAAUGCUGAGAAAGGUGGAGAUGACAGGAAAUGUUCGACAAACCCAGAGCACGACACUGUUCACGGCGUACAAAAAAGGUUGCCAGCAGUUCAUAAGGAGACAGUAACAACAGCAGGCUCAGCCAUAAACUUCACAAGCAGCAGUGCAACAGUUUGCCAUCCAGGUUGCCCUCCUGCCAGACUACCCCUCGUCUGUCCCGUGGAUUUUAAUCUAAAAACUAGUCAGGUUCAUACGUCAUGCAGCUCUCUCAAGACCCCACUCCGGAGAAAUCUGUCUUUGUCAGUACUGCCAUUACCUUCACUUGGUUCUCUGGUUAGCCACAGAACAGACAGCAUGAGCGAAGCAGAAGCAGGGAGACUGAUUAAUGAAGAAAAACAUACUGACUCCAGCUCGCAGCUCUUUGGAGCCCGCAUUCCUUCUGACAGGAAAAAGCAGAAAACUGAUGACAAAAUAAUUUGCCCUCUGGAGAUGGAAACCAACCCAAACACACUGACUCACCCGCCUCCUUCUGUCACUGGCAGUGCACCUCAGCAAGAUACAAAUCUCAGUUAUAUCAACCUUCAGAAAAAUAUAAACCAUCCACAGCUCAAAGGAGCUCUCUUCCCACCAUGCAUAACCAAUGCAAAUGUUAGCACCUCGCUAACCACUGCCAUCCCCUCCUCUGCCAAGACCAGCUUUCUACCCAAGUACCAGCUAAAGUUACCUAAUGCUGCUGAACCUGAUUCACAUCUUUCACCGCAUCUUGUGGACAAACCAGCAGGAGCCGACGGCUGCACUUUCUCCCCUCCACUGUCAUCUUCUCACAAUGAGCAAACCUCACCCUCGGUCACAACAUGGAAAUUUUGUAAUCCUGUCACCUCACCGUUGAUGCAGAGUUGUGACAUCAAAAAGACAAAUGCUUUCAGCUCCACACAAGGCCAGCUCGUCUUGCCUUGCACAGCCACAACCCUUUGUCAGCUUGAAACAUCAAGACUCAAUCAAAAUGCAACUUCUAGUCUAACUGUAGUGCACAGGCAAUUUGCAGCAACCACAAUAACCACAACCUGCCUACAAGAUUAUCAGGCAGGAUUAUGCAGCACUAGAAUACAGCCCUCAAAAUCUGCAGGGGGCUCACCCAGACCUGAUGCACCCGUGGUUGUGAAAUUCCCUGCAACACCUACCAUAACGACAGCAAACAAUCAAAUAUCUGCCGCUGCAAUUACAUCUUUCUCACAAGGUCAACUUAACCUUAACCCCCCUGUGUCGCACACACAACUCUCACUAGCAUCAGACCAGUUGAGCCCUGUAAACAAAGCAUAUGCUAGCUCAAACACCCCAGCUGUACCUUGUCACAUUGUACCGUUUGACCAGAUGCAGCCAGCUGCUCAGAACGUUUUUCAUGUUCACACAGCAGACCUCCAGAUCUGCCUCCAGAUCAUAUCUGAUGAGCAGCUGGCUCUCAUUGAACCCCAGAUCGAGAGGCAUGAAAGUAGCGCUCUCUCACAUAGAUGUGCUAUGGAAGCAGGGGUUCCAGAAUUGAUCCAGAAUAAAGCUCCAAGCUCUGUCACCAUGGAAAGUAGCAAUGAGGGAAGCGACCAUCAACAGCCAGGACAUCCAGAGGAGUUGGGCCAAAGGCUUAUGGACGGAGCCUCCCUGGCGGGAUGUCCAGCCCAGAAGGAGCCACAGAAAUGGGGUACAGACUGGAGGCCAACGCAGAGCCAAGAGGCUGGAGAGACAAACCACCAAUGCAUGGAGGCACAGGCCGGCAGAGGGGAGGUGGGAGAGGAGAAGAACGGAGGAAUCAAGACAGACGAGGUGCCAGGACAGCGGUGCAAGGCAGAGAGGACCUGCAGAUACACAUGUUUACAAGACGUGACAGUGCCAGAGAGAGAAGACAGAAAGGUCCAGGCAGAUUCCUUUAAGACCCCUUGGCCAUCUGAGCAGCAUCUUCAGCAUCUUCCACAGACACACUCAGGAAUGUCUGAAUACCCUCCACAGAGCCCUCAGCAAGCUUCAAGCAUGUCAAAUAACCUUAAUUCACCUGCCAGCAGUAGUCAGACCAGCCUUUUCAAUCCUCCACAGCCCCCAUUGGACAUGAACAACUUCUAUUUCUCACAACAACACUGGGAAAGCAGCAGCAUCCAUACCCAAGAAACACAGAUUACAUGUGAAUCAAAUUCAAGUCAGCAUAUCACAGCACAGGCCCAGUUAGCAGAAACACAAAGUGCCCUUUCAAGAAUUGAGUCCAGCUCUCAAAAAACUCAAACAUUUUCACACCAGGACCAAAAGCAGACGAGCAUCCCUCUGUCCAUUCAGCAAGGAAAUACUACUGCAGGUAACAACAUGACAGCAGUAAGCGGUUGUACAAAGUUAACAUUAGGAAGUAACAAAAAUCCCUCGCCUGAUGUCAAAACAUCAUUCUCCACAUUCCCCUGCCAAGUUUCUCAUUCUAUCCAAGUCAGCAAAGCUACUGCUGGACUGACAGAGGACACCCAAGCACCAAACAACAAUGUGCUAGAUAAUAAUGCUGUGCUGUCAUCAAAGCCUUUUACAUUCGAAGGAACUGAUGGUUAUCAAGACACCAAGGAUAAUGCACCAUAUGACUUCACGAGUCCGAGCAGUACCUCUGGGAGACCUGACAUUACCAAAUCAUUUUUCUUGGCCGGCCAGCUUCAUGGCUACCAGCCAGCCGACUGUCUGACCAGUGGACUAAGGCCUGUGCAAAGCUGCCAGGACUACACAGAAGACACCAGCAGUAGUGACGAUGAAGGAAAGCUUAUCAUCGAGCUUUAGAUGAACAUGCACAUAUGCUAUUUGGAGUUUUAUUGCUGUUUUUCUGAGACAAAAUUCCUCUGGAGGCAGAAAUAAUAUCAAUGACUGAGUUAAGUUAGUGGUCAGAGCCAAAGAACCAAAUGUCCAAAAUCAAAAUAAGUUACAAUAUGAAUAAUAAAUUAAAGUCCAUGGGAAACUUUGCAAGAAUAGCUUAGGUUGAAUGUGAGCCAAUGCUGCGUUCAUGUCAUAUAGUACCGUGUGUGAUUACAAGUGGCCAAGUUGCAAAAAACUGCUCACGUCAGCCUCCUAGUUGAACUUCCAAGUUGGACCAUCAGGAAUUUCAGCUAUGAUAUCUCCCACAUUGCAACAAAGAGCCACAGAAAUCAACAAACUACUCACAAAACAGCUGCAAAGCCUUCCACGCUGGCAGUUACAGCCAAAUAAAAUCCUAUAAAUCUAAUGCAGUCUAUCAUGGCAAUUAUAAAUGAGGGCACACUGUUUGUAUCUGGUUUCAGUUGUUAACAAACAAAUAUUUAGGAUGUUAAACCUGGCUAAUUUAGGCUUACUUUCCAUUUACCUGGUGUAACUACAAAGCUAGCAAUGGUGUUAAUCAUCAGGGAUUAAUGCGAGAGCGACCCCUAUUCUAUCCUGUAUUCAUUGUCUGGUAACGUAUGAUAAUAUAAAUAUCUGAAAUUAACUGUCACCAUUUAGGAAUAUCUUGCAAUCACUCGAAAACAGCAUGGCUAUUUUUUUCAUGUCUUUUUGACCUGGCUUCAUGAGUGUUGACAGAAAAGUUGUGGCUCCUUCUGCUGUAUAACCCAACCAAUGAGAUUACCUCUGCCCCAAAGAAACGCUGUAUGACUUCCGUUCUGCUCACACACGCUUACACACAUACCUACCUAUCUUCCCACACUCACUCGCUCCCAUUUAUUGCACUUUGUAACCUUCCCAGACAACACCUGUGUGUGUGAAUCAUGUACACAUGCUGCCAAAUACUCAUUAAGUUGAGCUAUGCUGGCAAUCAGAUCACCCGGGUGAGGCAGGCAUUGGCUGGAGGGGCAUGACCCUUUUCCCAGUCUGGGAUUUGUAAUGAGUCAGCAGCUAAGAUAAGGCACCGCAGCUCACGAGAACAGGAAAUGGGUGUAAGUGAACAUUUCUGUACAUAAAUCCACAGUCGUAGCUCACACGACUUGCAUGUCAAUCCUCAGCCCAUUAGUGGACUUGACAGGUGUAUGUGUGCAGGAGUGCUGACUGAGUUUUAUCUCCAGUGCAUCUGUUCAGGCCUGUUUUAUUUGACAUUUGACACAGCGGAAAAGCAAGGGCACGCAAAUGUACAACAGUUUACUUGGUCAGGUUACAAGCUGAUUUAUUAUGGUGUUGCAAAUUUUAAUAUUUUCUCUUGUUUUCAUUUUCUAAUUUCGUAUUCUUGUUACAGAUUGGAUAUGCAUAGCUGACAAAGCAAUUCAUUUAUCUCAAGUUAAGACUUUGUGUUUUCAACAAUUUUAACGAAAGAAGGGUUAAAUUAAACCAUAUUUAAAACCAUUUUCCCCUGA